CAUAAGGCGCCGACGGGGACGGAACUAAACCCAACCAGUGCCCAGCUCUCGUGCGAAGCCUUCCCCUUCCCCAAGCGACGACGACCACCGUGCGGCGACGCGAUGGAUUCGAGGCCGCGCGAGGGAGACGCCCCCACCGAGCCUGCCGAUGGCGGCGCCCCGCCGGCCACCGCGAAGGUUGAGGUCGAGAUUACCAAGCCCCGCAACGACAAGCGUGAGUACCGCCGCGUGGUGCUCCCCAACGCCCUCGAGUGCCUCCUCAUCAGCGACCCCGACACCGACAAGGGGGCGGCGUCGAUGAAUGUCUCGGUGGGUUACUUCUGCGAUCCCGAUGGGAUGGAGGGGCUCGCGCACUUCCUUGAGCAUAUGCUUUUCUAUGCCAGUGAGAAGUAUCCUAUAGAAGACAGUUACUCAAAAUACAUUGCAGAGCAUGGUGGUUCAACCAAUGCCUUUACAUCUUCUGAACACACAAACUUCUAUUUUGAUGUGAAUAGUGACUGCCUGGAUGACGCUUUGGAUAGGUUUGCACAGUUUUUUAUAAAGCCAUUGAUGUCUUCUGAUGCAACUCUGAGGGAAAUAAAAGCUGUUGACUCUGAAAAUCAGAAAAAUCUGUUGUCAGAUCCUUGGCGAAUGAGUCAGCUCCAGAAGCAUCUUUGCUCAAAUAACCACCCGUAUCACAAGUUCAGCACUGGAAAUUGGGACACCUUGGAGGUUAAGCCAAAGGAGAAAGGAUUGGACACAAGGCUUGAGCUUAUCAGAUUCUAUGAUUCACAUUACUCAGCCAACUUGAUGCAGCUUGUUGUGUACGGAAAAGAGAGUCUCGACAAGAUUCAAACCCUUGUCGAAAAUAAGUUCUUUGAUAUCAAGAACGUUGAAAGGAAGCCAUUUUCAUUUCCUGGUCAUCCAUGUGCAAGCAAGGAUCUCCAGAUUCUUGUUAAGGCGGUUCCAAUAAAACAAGGUCACACUUUGAAAAUACUGUGGCCAAUCACUCCAAACAUUCGGCAUUACAAGGAAGGUCCUUGCAAGUAUGUGUCCCAUCUAAUCGGCCACGAAGGAGAAGGGUCUCUAUUUUACAUUCUAAAAAAACUAGGAUGGGCUAUGAGUUUGGGAUCAGGGGAAGGGGAUUCAAAUUAUGAGUUUGCUUUCUUCAGUGUUGUUAUACAGCUCACAGAUGUAGGCCACGAGCACAUGGAGGAUAUUGUUGGGUUGUUAUUCAGAUACAUAGCAUUGCUUCAGACCUCUGGAACUCCGAAGUGGAUUUUUGAUGAGCUUCUAGCCAUCUGUGAGACAGGAUUCCACUACCGAGACAAGAGCCCUCCUAUCCAUUACGUAGUCAAUCUUUCCUCAAACAUGCAGAUUUUUCCACCUGAAGACUGGUUGAUUGCAUCGUUUGUACCAUCAAAGUUUUCGCCAGAUGCUAUUCAGAAGGUAUUAGAUGAAUUGACUCCAGAAAAUGUUAGAAUAUUCUGGGAAUCAAAAAAAUUUGAAGGGCAAACAAACUUAAUAGAGCCAUGGUAUGGUACAUCAUACUGUGUUGAAGCAGUCCCUCCUUCAAUUAUACAGAAAUGGAUUGAGAAAGCUCCCAAGGAAGAUUUGCACCUCCCAAAACCUAAUAUCUUUAUUCCAACUGAUCUUUCACUGAAAAAUGUCGAGGAUAAGGCAAAUUUUCCAUGUGUGCUGAGGAAAACACCAUUUUCCAGAUUGUGGUACAAGCCCGAUACAAUGUUCUCCACACCCAAGGUCUACAUUAAGAUGGAUUUCCAUUGUCCACUGGCUCAUAGCUCUCCUGAAUCAUCAGUUCUUACUGAUGUAUUCACAAGGUUGCUGAUGGAUUAUUUGAAUGAAUAUGCUUAUGAUGCUCAAGUUGCUGGUCUUUAUUAUGUUGUUGGGCCAAAUGACACUGGUUUUCAGGUAACUAUGGUUGGCUAUAAUGACAAGAUGAGAACCCUUUUGGAGACCGUUAUAGGCAAAAUUGCAGAGUUUGAAGUUAGGGUUGACCGCUUUUCUGUGGUUAAGGAAACUAUGACGAAGCAGUAUGAGAAUUUCAAAUUUCUGCAGCCAUAUCAGCAAGCCAUGGACUACUGUAGAUUGAUAUUGGAGGACCAAACUUGGCCAUGGGAUGAAGAACUUGCUGUACUUUCUAAUCUUGGAGCUAACGAUCUAGAGAUUUUUUGGCCUCAUAUGCUGGCAAAGACAUUUAUUGAGUGCUAUUUUGCAGGUAAUAUUGAACCGGGCGAAGCAAAAGGUGUUAUCCAGCAUGUUGAAGACACCUUAUUUAACUCACCAAUCGGUGUCUGCAAAUCAUUACUACCAUCGCAGCAUCUUACGAAGCGGAUUGUUAAGCUUGAAAGGGGUUUGAAGUAUUAUUAUCCAGUAAUGGGCUUAAAUCACCAGGAUGAAAAUUCUUCCCUUCUGCACUAUAUUCAGAUUCACCAGGAUGAUCUCAAACAAAAUGUUCUACUUCAGUUGCUUGCACUUGUUGCUAAGCAACCGGCUUUUCACCAGUUACGUUCUGUUGAACAACUUGGCUACAUAACAUUGCUUAGACAAAGAAAUGAUUCAGGAGUCCGUGGGUUGCAAUUUAUAAUUCAAUCAACUGCAAAGGACCCAUUCAGUCUAGACGCUAGGGUUGAAGCUUUCCUCACGAUGUUUGAAGGCACUCUAUACCAAAUGCCUGAUGCAGAAUUCAUGAGUAAUGUCAAUGCUCUCAUUGACAUGAAACUGGAAAAAUACAAGAAUAUAAGGGAGGAGUCAGCUUUCUUCUGGGGGGAGAUUUCUGAGGGAACACUGAACUUUGGUAGGAAGGAAGCAGAGGUUGCUGCACUAAGGGAGCUCAAGAAGGAUGAGCUGAUAGAAUUCUUCAAUAAUCAUGUCAAGGUGAACGCACCAGAAAAGAAGAUUCUUAGUGUACAAGUCUAUGGCGGUCUUCAUUCCUCGGAGUACGAAAAGAUACUGCAUGAUGCUCCACCACCACAUUCGCAUCGAAUAACUGAUAUAUUCAGCUUCAGGAGGUCGAGACCUUUAUAUGGUUCAUUCAAGGGAGGCGUUAGUCAGAUGAAGCUAUAGGAUAACUUAGUUGUAUUUAUCAAAAACAGAAAGGCUCAUUUUUACAUGUAAUUUGCAUUGUUCCUAAAGAUAUUUUUAGUUUUACAUUUCGCUAGGGUGAAUUGCAUACUUUAAAAAUGGCAUUCGUCUGGUGUAAUCUUCCAACUUUCUGUCAAAUUCAUGAUAAGCAUGCCUUUUUCAUUACUAAUAAUUCUAGGCGUCUGUAUAAUUCCAUGAGCAACUGCAAGCUU